GACGUAAUUUGUUUCUCUUUGUUUGAUUCCGUGUGCGCAUUAAAGAAAGAAAAGCAAAUAGAAGGAAAGAAGAGAGUAAUAGAAACGAAGAGAUAAAAAGCUGCGAAGAGGAGAAGUGUCGGUUCACAUGGCCGUGCAGUGAGGUGUUCAGUGGCCUCCAGGACGGAGCUGUCUGCGUGAGAAGAGAAUCUUAGAAGAGCAGACACUCGAGGGGAGGGAAGAGUUUUACACAGAGAAUGGCCUUAGCCAAUGACAAAGACACCAUUGAGAGACUGGCACGCAUUAAACAAGAGGACUGUGAAGGGGCUGCACCAGAGGCUGUGUGGGUGAAGGCGGAGGACUGCGAAGGAGGAGGAUUUUCAGUUCUUAAAGAGGAGGAAGAGUGCAAGGUGGAAAUUGUCGAAGUCAAAGUGGAGGAUUUGGAAGAUUUCUCACUUAAUCCCGAACUGGAAAUGCUGGAAACUGGGAACGUUUUCAAGCCAGAAAUCUUUGAAGAGCCUCAUUCCAGUUUGCAGCAUUGGAUCGCUAACACGGGACAACUGGUUACCCAGCAGAAAUCUGUGGAACUGAAAUGGGAGUUCCCCGACUAUGAGGAGAACGUCAAUGGAGGAAAUGGGAGAGACGAGCAGCAGUCAUCAAGGAGUGUCAGAAUGAAUUUUCAUGAGAAUGUCAACUUCCCCCCAUCUUUAACUGUACAGCCCUCUCUUGAGUGCAAACUGGAACAGAAACAGGACAAGAAGAAGAGGAAGAAAUCAACAAGAGGAUCAGAGAAUAUGACAGCAGGCACUUUCCAGUGUAGUUUUCUUCCUGUGGGAGAAACCAUCAGAACUGACCAACAACAAGGGCAUAACACAGAGCAAGAGGAUUUGGGUGAUGGACAAGAGUGUGGACAAACUUUUAAAAACAAGUCUGAUUGUAAAGAUCACAAAGCCGUUCAUAAAAGACCAGAGUCGUAUUGCUGUUCUGAGUGUGGCAAACGAUUCGUUCAUAAGAGCUGGCUUCAGGCACAUGUAAGAAUUCAUACUGGAGAAAAGCCAUAUUGUUGCUGUGAAUGUGGUAAACGAUUCAUUCAAAGCAGCCAUCUUCAGAGACACGCAAUAAUUCAUACUGGGGAAAAGCCAUAUUGCUGUUCUGAAUGUGGACAGAGAUUUACCGCAAGCAGCAGCCUUCGUGUGCACACUCAGAUUCAUACUGGAGAUAAGCCAUAUAGCUGUGCUGAAUGUGGAAAAAGAUUCAUUAAAAGUAGUGAUCUCCUGAGGCACACACGAAUUCAUACCGGAGAGAAGCCAUAUUGCUGUCCCGAAUGUGGCAAAAGAUUCAUUAAAAGUAGCAAUCUUCAGAGACACGCAAUAAUUCACACUGGAGAAAAGCCAUAUUGCUGCCCUGAAUGUGGCAAGCAAUUUUCUAACAGUUCCAGUCUCCAAACACAUAAAAGAAUCCACACUGGAGAAAAGCCGUACGGCUGUGUUGAGUGUGGAAAAUGUUUUGCCCACAGUAGCAAUCUUGUAGGGCACAUGCGAGUUCAUGCUCGGGAGAAGCCAUAUUGCUGUUCUGAAUGUGGGAAUAGAUUCUUGCACAAGCACAGUUUUCAGAAUCACCUACAAAUGCACACUAUUCUUGAUUUGUGAACGUGGCAGAUGAUGUUCCUGAAGAAAAAACGUAUUGCUGCUCUAAAUGUUGCAAAGGAUUCUCACUUUUAAACUAUGGACACUUAAGAAUCUACAGUGUAUUAUUGUUAUAGGGAAUGUAGUAAACGAUUCUCAAACUGCUGUAGACUUCAUAGCCAUUAAAGAAUUCACACUGGUAAAACGUUUCAAGGCUGUUCCGAAUGUGUCAAGUGUUUCACAGACAGCAGGAGUCGUAAAGGCCAUAUGACAUUUCACAUUUGGGAAGCCCUAAAGGACUGAGCUGCACAGGGAAUCGAUGCCCAGGUUACUU